GACCAUGAGGGACCACAUAAAGACAAUUAAGAAUCACCACCUAAUAUGCCGAGUCCGUUUUUGGCCAGCUAAGUACCUAGUCACAAUAUCAUAUAAACAUUGACAAUAAGCUCAAAAUAUAGAAGAUAAAUCAUACAUUUUUUUCCCACUGUUUCUCUCAAUUUCCCUUUUUUAUGAUCCAUCAACAUAUAUUAAUAUACUAUAACCCCUUCUUUAUUUGAUUCCAAAUUACUACUACACACAAGAAAAAAAAUGACCAAGAUCUUUGUGCUUCUUCUAUGUCUACUCAUAGUAGCUUUUGGAUUUGUCAAUGGCUCUGAUGAAAAAGAAAAGGUAGGAAUAUUUGAGCUGAAGAAAGGUGGUCUUUCUUUGAAAGUCACCAAUUGGGGUGCAUCAAUUGUGUCUCUUGUUCUUCCUGAUAAAAAUGGAAAAUUGGCUGAUAUUGUUCUUGGAUAUGACUCAAUUAAGGAAUACACUAAUGAUUCAACAUACUUUGGAGCUACUGUUGGACGGGUUGCUAACAGAAUAGGAGGAGCUCAAUUUAAUCUAAAUGGAAAGCAUUACAAAUUAGUUGCUAAUGAAGGAAACAAUACACUUCAUGGUGGGUCAAGAGGAUUCAGUGAUGUUAUCUGGAAAGUUAAAAGGUAUCAAAAAGAAGGUCCUAGUCCCAGUGUUACCUUCACUUACCAUAGUUUUGAUGGUGAAGAAGGAUUCCCUGGUGAUCUCCUAGCAACAGUGAGCUACAUUCUAACUGGAAAAAAUCAAUUGGUCAUAAUUAUGAAAGCAAAAGCACUAAACAAGCCUACACCAGUGAAUUUAGCAAACCAUGCUUAUUGGAACAUUGGAGGCCAAAAUAGUGGCAACAUUCUAAAUGAAGUGAUACAAAUAUUUGGUUCCAAAACAACAAUUGUUGAUGACAAAUUAAUUCCUACAGGAAAAUUUGCUUCUGUCAAAGGAACUGCUUAUGAUUUUCUCAAGCCACAAAUUAUAGGAAGCAGAAUAAGCCAAUUAGCUCAACAUAAGGGUUAUGACAUUAAUUAUGUGUUGGAUGGUGAAAAAGGAAAAAAGAUUAAACUUGCAGCAAAAGUUCAUGAUAAGAAAUCUGGUAGAAUUUUGGAGCUUUACACAAAUGCCCCAGGUUUGCAGUUUUAUACUGGUAAUUAUAUUAAGGAUGUGAAGGGUAAAAGUGGAUAUGUAUAUAAAGCUCAUGCAGGGCUGUGUUUGGAAAGUCAAGCUUUUCCUGAUUCAGUUAAUCAUCCUAAUUUUCCUUCAACAAUCGUGACUCCAGAAAAACCUUAUAAGCAUUAUAUGCUUUUUAAGUUUUCAACAAAAUCUCAGUAGCUAUCGGUUAUCUAACACCUACACUUCAGAAUAAAGGCGUGUCUGAUAUCUCAUAAGUGUUGAUGUAUUAUGAUAUCAACUACAUAUAUAGUUACAUUUAAUUACUAAUGUUUUCUUCAACUUAUUAUUGAGUUUCUAUCUCUCCGUAUUGGUAGCGCGUUUGGUAUCCGUGUGGACCGAGUCUGAGUCUAUGUAAGGAAGGAUAGCGGGGUUUCCCCAAUUUACAAUAGGAUAAUGUUCAUUGUACCUCCAAAUCAUAUUUGACACCUUGAAAAAGAUAAGGAAAUAAUAAAAGACAAAUGAUAUUUGAACAA